CGUAUCCUGCAGCUUGCGACCCAUUGUACGGCCGCGGUAAUAAUCCCAGGAAUCGGGAUAGAUUAUACACGGACCGGUCGCCGUUCGGACAACGUGGCUGGUGCCGGGCGGUAGAGCUGUCUGCAGGGAUCACCCGAACCCCCGAGAUGCCCGGCCUCCAUUCAGUAGACAGGCGAUUGAAGCAUCUUUUACAUGUGCAGGUGAAAACGCCUUCACUCAGUGAUGAUGGGCUUGUCGCACUCAUAACGCUGUAAUAGCUGGCCGGACCGGAGCCAAAGAGGGAAAGGGACAAAUAAACUUUUUGGAUUUUGGACUGUGACCUGUAAGAAGGAUAAGAGUGCAAUCAUGGACAAGAAGUCAUUCGAGAUAGUGCUGGAUGAAGUGAGAAAGGCUGUUUCUACGGAUUAUAAAGUCAAGGCCUUGGAGCACGUACAAGGAUAUUUUUCCUGUGAACAGGUGGUGGAAUUAUUAAGAUACUUCUCCUGGUCUGUUCCUCAGCUGAAGGCGGUGAAGGCCAUGCAGCUGAAAAUGGUUGCCAUUCCUGCUGCAAAGGUUGUGAACAUCCUGAACUGCUUCACGUUCAGUAAGGACCGGCUGAGUGCCCUGGAGCUGCUGGCCUUGAAUAUUCAUGAUGCAUCAAAUUAUAAACCAGUCGAAGAACUUUUUAAGACAAACCUAUCUGAGAAGAAACGCUGCAGAAGAAUCCUGGAACAGGCUGCAAAGAGAGGCUGCAAAGCGCCCAAUGCUAUGAUUUCUUCAUGUGGAAUAAUCCCUGGAAAUCCAUAUCCUAAGGGGAGACCCAGUCGCACUUAUGGAAUAUUUCAUGGAACUGCAAUAAAGAAAGAAGGAGAAGAUACAACCGAAGGCUUGGGUAUUGCCGCCAGAAUUCUUGGGCCCUGUAAGCCGCCGCCUUCUACAUAUAAUCCACACAGGCCAGUGCCAUACCCGAUUCCGCCGUGCCGACCUCACCCAACUAUUGCGCCAAAUUGCUAUGGGAAGACAAUGGCGGUAAAGAAGGAGCAGUCAAACUUAAAUACCUCUGGAGAAGGUCAAACUUUAUCUGAAAGGGGAGGGGCAGCAAGCCUUAGCACCAGUUGUCGCGAUUGGGCUAAGACAAACGAGAAUAACAGUGCAUACGUGAAUGGUACCCUCAUUCCGAACUUGCCUCCCGGAACUUUACUUCCUGCUUAUUCUUCUAAUCCAGUUACACCUGCCCCAGGAAUUGAAGAUCCUGCUGCUCAAGAAAAAUCUACACCCAGCCAAGCAAACCUUCUUGCUUCUCCACAUGGAAACAAUUCUGCUCCCCCAACACCUGUUGCAACUCCUGUCCCAGCUCCUGCUGCUUCUCCUGCUAAGACAUUGCAGCAACCAUCAACUCCUACCACUCCACACUCUGGAAUGAACAUGACUUCUCCUCUAACAGCAUUGCCAGGGCAAGGUCCUCCCUCAAUGGCAUCUCCUAAAUCCUCUACACCCACUCCAACAGUAAUAAAAAGUGCUCAGAUGUCCUCUGGUACACCCAUACCAACGGUUAGCACACCUUCAACAUCGAUCCCUUCAGUAUUCCCUGGUCUUCCAGCCCAACCAAGUUCCUCCACACCAUAUGCUAAUCUUGGGCCCAAUAAUGCAGCAUCAUCCUUGUCACUUCCAGGAUUUCCAUUUUCGGCCACAUCUUCUACAAGCACUGUAAGCAAUGCUAUGAUGCCAUCUAUAUUUGCUGGUCUACAAUUGCCCUUUAAUCCUGCCUUUCAGGGUAUGGCUAGCCCAACUCUUUCUGAUUUUGCCGGAGCUGCUGGACAAAUAGGCAAUCCUUUGCUGUCUGUUUUAAAAGGAUUUUUAACUUCAAAUGAUCCAGGGUUAAUGAAUUCUCCAUCAAUGCCUUCAUUGCCUACAUCCGGACUGUUGCCAUUGUCAAGUCUUCCAAAUACAGAAUCAAUCUCCUCGUUAAACAAGCCUUUUACUCCUCCAUGUUCAACCCCCACACCUCAGAGAACCACCACUCCUGGAACUUCUAUAUUUUCAGGUUCCUCUUCACUUUCGUUAUCAAAUCCAAUUUCUACAUCCGCAUCAAUCCCAGGACAACCUCUGUUGGCCACACCAUCUCCUCUUAGUUGUGCAUCCAUAGGUCCACAAGCUCAGAGUGCGUCCACUUCCAUAUCAGAACAAAAUCUUACAUCUUCACCAUCUGCAGCUAAUAUAUUGGUCAAAACUGAACCGGCCAGUCCAUCACCUUCCGCUUUCAAGGGUCCAUCGCGUUCAGCAACACCUUCUCAUGGUUCUCUAGGAUUGCCUCCAGUUCUAGGCCAUGUGUUUCCAUCCGGACCAAGUCUGUCUAAUUCGAUGAAUCCAGGAUUGUCAGGGCUUUCCUCAAUCAAUGGAAAUCUAGGCGGCCCAAACUUAUCUUCACUGGCUUUGUGUUCCUCCGCAGCAAUGCCUCCCGUUUUCCCUGCUUUCACAUCACUGGCCAAUGGAUCUCCAUUUGCAAGUAGCCCAGCUUUUACUCCAUCUGUUCCAAUGCUAACGUCUACCAGCAUAGCUGCUACUGCAACUCCACCUUUAACGUCCUCAGUAUUCCCCGGCCUGUCCGCACCAGCUGCCGCAGCAGUUGCGGCUGCUUCUCAGUUUCCAUUAAACCUUUCCACUGCUGUCCCUUCACUGUUUCCUGUACCACAGGGAGCCCUGGUCUCAUCAAAUCCAUCUUUUCCUGGAUUCACGGUUUCUAGCACACCACCAGUCAACCCUGCUCUUCCAUCCUUCCCUGGACUCCAGCCUCCCUCUACAUUGUCAGCAGUUCCUCCAGUGUCAGCAUGUGCGUCCGCUCCAUCUCCGGCAUCUGUCCUACCAGGAUUUGCCUCGGCUUUCAGCUCCAACUUCAACUCAGCUCUUGUGGCACAAGCCGGGCCUUCAGCUUUUCCUCUCCUUUCUCUCUCUGGUCUUCCUGGAUUUCCACAGAAUCCUCAGUCGCUGCAAGGACUCCAGCAGAGCGCAGCAGCAGCGGCAGCGGCACAGUCCGCUUUAUUACAGGCAUCCGCCCUUGAAGGAUUUUCCGCACAAGCAGACGCCUUUGCCGGUUUUCCCACAGGACCUGGUACACCGUUUCCACUGCAGCCAGGAUUGCCCCAGCGCGGCUGGCAAUAAUCAUUCUUGAAGUCCACAGCAUUUUAGCGAGGUUCAUCUGUAUCACUGUUUUUAGGGUCUUUUUAGGUUCUGGAUUUUUUUAUUCUUUUUAAAAGACUUGUCUCUGAGGGUUUUCGUUACUGUAACCGGCAGGCAUUAACUGACACAGGAAUCAUGACAAGGUUAGCCUAUGGGACUAAUUUAUUUUUACAUUUUUUAUUUAGUCAGUUUUAUACUAUUUUAGUUCAUGAAAUGUAGUAUUCCUCACACCUUUUCAGUGAGUUUUAAUAGAGCAUGUAAUUUGCUGCUUUAUGAUUUUAAAAAAGAAUCACAGAAAUGUUAGGGGUUUAGUCCUAGUGUUUUUUUUAAUUUUUUUAAAGGGUAUGUACAUAUUAGGUGUUCUGUAUGAUUUGGGGAGAUCAGUGUAUAAUUUUUCUCAUUGGGCUGUUGGAUGUUGGCACCAUUUUACCAGUCUGUCCUUCUGUACCCAGGAAAUAGGCCACACCAGGGUGACAUUAGAAGUCUCAAGCUAGCCACUUAAUACUCUACUACUGAAGAGACUAUGGCCAACCUCCACUACCUUGGAUUGGAUAUAUAAUUGUGGGCACAGGAAUAAGAGGGCACCAGAUUUGGACAGGUUGGGCAGAUUGAAAGCAGACUUGUCUGAUCCUUUUCAUCAGGGGGCGGUCUGCUAGUUACAACUGACAUGAGACUGCCUCAUAUCUAUGGCCAGUCUUAAUGGGCUUGACAUGAAGCUGCUCACUGCCACUCACUAUAGAUGGUGGCUUUUCUCACCUCCUUCAUGAUCCCUCUUGUCAAGUAGGAGCAACUAGAGGGAUCAUUGGGCUCUAAUGAAAAAUUCU